GUGCUUAAUUAUUAUCUUAUUCAUUACUUAGUCUUACUUAUAUCUCUUACCCAAUAUUCCUUAUUAGUCUGCUCACUACUUAGCUAUCCUUACUUAUCACUUACUUUUUUCUAUUUAUUCCUUAUUUUACUUAGUCUUUUAUUACUUACCUUAUCACUAGUCUCCCACUCAAUAUCACUCUCUUCCCUUACUAUUUCCUACUUCCCUAAUAUCUCUUACUUGCUUAUUAGUCUUACUUACUUGUUAGUUACCUAUCGCUACUUGCCCUAUUACUUAGUCUCUUUACUUACUAUCUUAUUUUUAUUACUUAUUCCUAUAUCACUUCUAUUCAUCACUUAUCCAAUAUCUUCUUCCCUUAUCUUCCUUAUCACUUGUCUCUUUCCAUACCUCUUUUACUAUUCCAUUCCCUAUCUUUAUUCUAUUUAUUUAUUACUUACUUAUUGCUUGGUUAGUUUACUUACUUUUUAUACCCUGCCUUACUUACUAGUUGGUAGUUAG